UCUGAAAAGCGAAACGCGAAACACGUCGUCUGCUCAACGAAACAGAAACACUGACAGUGAAAUAAAAUUUAAAAAAAUUUGUUCAGAAAUUGUGCAUUCCUUUUUGCUGUUACAUAUUAACCGUUAUAUGUGCGAAAACUUUAUAAAGCGAAAAAACAUAACAGAAGAGUCAAAAUUUGUGUUUAAAUAAAGCUGUCUUGAGUUCAAGUGACGUAUGUACGUGCCAACAACAAAAGUGUAAGUGUUAAGUGUUGUUGCCAAAAAUAUGUUUGGCUUGUAAAUAGUUACAAGUGUUAGUUAGUAUGUUCAGUUGUGGGCAAAGCAAAAUCAACAACAAAAUCUACUACUCAAUAAACGUCAGCAAGCGUAAAUAAAAACACAAAAAUAGUAUAAAAAAAAUAUAAGAAUAAAAAACAAACGAAAAAUAAAAAAACAACAACAAAAACACUCUAACAACAAAGUCAACAAGAGCAUCUGUGACAACAGCAGUCAGUGCGUUCAGUGGGGUCAAUGCCGAGAACGUCUCAUUGAAUUUGUGAACUGGUUAGAUUCAGCUACCAAUAAAUCUUGUUCUAAACUUGCCUUGCCAUUAAUAUUUGUACAAACUCGAGUGUACUGCCACUUCACGCAACUUAAGCACAGCUGAAAAUACUUCAUCUCUCCAGGAACUCAACAAACAAGCAAAGUGUAGAAGAAUUAACGAACCAACAACCGACCGACGUCAUCGUUAGCCAUAAAGUAGUAGUGCUUUCACAUUUUUCGUGCCAGUAACCAUUCAUUGUCCAACUGAAGUGUGGUAUCAAGUGCCCGCUACCACCGAUAACAUUAUAGUUGUUAUUAUUUUCUUUAAUUUUUCGAACGGUUUUACGCGCAUCGUCGUCGCUGUAAACAAUGGUUGCAAUCGAACAUCGUCAAAAGUCAUCGACAGCAGCAACAGCAACAGAGACAGCGACCUCAGCAGCAACAAUCAACAUAGCAGUACUAUCGCCAACAUCGUCCGCCUCAUCGACAUCGGCUGCUUCGGUUACCACCACCACCACCACUUCGAGCAUUCAACAGCAACAACAGCAGCAGCAGCAACAACUAAAGAAAGAGGCGGCAGAGGAGGAGAAGCCACAAUUGGUGGACGACGAGGUAUCCAUUCAGAAAUCGCCAAUAAAACAGAAACCGGCUAAAAUGUCCCAGUUGGACUCACCCGCCGAGAUACAAAUUGCGGAGAAAAAGCAGUCGCAUAAGCCUACUGCCGGUGCAGUCUCGAAGAGUGCGGUUAGUCAGCGUAAUGUCGAUAUAAAGAUUGCCAAAAAAUCGAAUUUGGAUGCGGCCACCAAGGAGCUUACGAAGAAGGUACUCAAAUUGGAUUUGACGGGGAAAGAGUUGGACGAAUUUUCGAUUAAAUCACCCAAAUCACCAAUAGCGCGCUUACCACAUCAAACAUCGCUCACCUCCUCAGUCGAUGUGGAGGAUCGCAAAACGUUACGUGAGGCCUUAUACCAGGGUAUAUUUCAUCGUCAUCGAAGAACCAUCUUUGCCGUCGGUAGCUUCUUACGCAUGUUACGCAGUCGCAAUUCACAAUACAACACCAUACGUAGCUCAUCCGAAGGCGAGGAUGUGGAUGAGGUUAGAUAAGACAAUGGAAAUGUGUAGACACAACAAUCUACAGUUAUAAAUCAAUAAAUUAACGGUUAUAUGAGAAUGAAACAAAAAAAAUCAUACAAAAACACAUAUGCAUACAUACAAAAAAUUAUAUAUACUAUAUAUAUGUAUAAUAAAGCAUAGAAAGUAAUGAUAAGCGUAUAUAAAUAUGUUACGUGAGCGAUAUAAAUAAAAUAUUACUGUUAACAAAUGCAUA